UCUCUUCGGGUAGUAAUCCUAGAGAGCUGCUGCCAGGGGUCCGCUCACGGCGACAGGGGAGCCAGGCCUUUCCGAGACUGUGACCACUGUGCAGACGCCUACGAUCCCUGGAUGGCUGUCGGCUCGCUCCGUUCUGCGCAUGCGCCCGCUUGUGGGCUCCGAGCUGCGAAGGUGCUUCGGGGAUUUGUCACCGGUAUCGUUUCGUCCAGUCGGAGGCUACACCUUUCCUGGUCCUUUGUCCUGAGAGCAGGCUUGGGCGGGCAUUUUCUGUCUGAGCUUGCUGACAUUUCUGGGUUGCCUAUAUCUCCAGUGUCCAGUUGAAGAAAUAUGAAGCCAAAAGAAGACCGAGGGAACUCACUGCCAUGUCUUUCAAGGAUUAUGGAGGCAGUGUUGGUAGAGGGGCUGGAUGAGGAGGAGAAGCUGGUGAGAAGGCAUCGCAAAGAGAAAAAGGAGUUGCAAGCCAAAAUUCAAGGUAUGAAGAAUGCUGUUCCCAAGAAUGACAAAAAGAGGAGGAAGCAACUCGCUGAUGAUGUUGCUAAGUUGGAAGCAGAAAUGGAAAAGAAACAGAGAGAGGAACUGGAACAAUGGAAGCUGACUUCUAAGCCUAGUAAAAUAGAGUCUGUUGCUGUUAACAUUUCAAACUUGGUUCUUGAGAAUCAGCUGCCUCGGAUAUCAAAAGCACAAAAGAGACGGGACAUAAAAGCUGCAUUAGAAAAGGAGCAGAAAGAAAGGAUAGCUGAAGCUGAAAUUGAGAACCUAUCUGGAGCUAGGCAUGUAGAAAGUGAAAAACUUGCUGAAAUAUUGGCAGCUAGACAGUUGGAAAUGAAACAGAUUCCAUCUGAUGGCCACUGUAUGUGUAGAGCCAUUGAAGAUCAACUGAAAGAACAGGAAUGCCCUCUGACUGUGGCUGCCUUAAGAAGUCAGACUGCUGAAUAUAUGCAAAGCCAGGUGGAAGAAUUUCUGCCAUUUUUAACAAACCCUAAUACAGGAGAUAUGUAUACUCCAGAAGAGUUUAGAAAGUACUGUGAUGAUAUUAUAAACACAGCUGCAUGGGGAGGUCAGCUUGAGCUAAGAGCCCUGUCUCAUAUUUUACAAACACCGAUAGAGAUAAUACAGGCAGAUUCUCCUCCUAUUGUAGUUGGCGAAGAAUAUCCCCCAAAACCAUUAAUACUUGUAUAUAUGAGACAUGCAUAUGAUUUAUGAGAACAUUACAAUUCUGUUAACAUGGUUGGUGAACAGAGCUACUGAAAAUUGGAGUUAGUUUACAAAAUGUUGCACAACUAUGUUUUAGUACAGAAUGCCGAUAUGAGUAUUCAUACCAAGUGCUGGAUUGUUCUAAAUGUUACUGGAAAACACAGCUAUCUUAAAUCAGGUUUUAUAGCAAAGCUGCUAACAAGUUUUUAAAAAAUAUGUCAGAGAUAAACUUUAACCAGUGUCCCCUAAAUGAUAUUUUAAAGACACGAGUCCAUUAUGGAGAACAUCAUUUAUAGACCAAGAUGCAACCCUAUUUGCUGAUGUUUUUAUUAAUAUAGGAUGUCCUGAACAUUCUGUUGAAAUAAUCUUAAGUGUUUUACUAAAAGCUUUCAGUAACCAUUUUAAUGUAAUUUUUCUUGAAGAAAUGAAAUGACUCAAUCUCUUUGUCAUUGCAGUAAUGUGGUGAUGGUGAUAUCACAUUUAAUGCUUAUGAAUGAACUUUAUUGCAGUAACUUUGGUAUUGAUGGGAUUAAUUCUGUGAAGCUUUUUUAUAACCCCAUCAAAGUGCAGCUAAGAAUCUUGCUUUAAUGAUUAAGAAUUUUAAAAUAUUUUUUCCGAUGGAAAUCAGUUGUUAAGUUUUAAGAAAUGAGACAAAUUUAAAGGUAAUUAGAUGAUGCUCCUUGUCAGUUUUAAACCUCUAAAGAAUUAUAGAUUAACCUUUUAUUUGUGUGUAACUUAAAAAGACCCAACAGAUUACUGUCUAAUUCAUUUGUUACUACUUGUUGUUUCUUAAAAUUCAGGAUGGAAUUAGUACCAUAAUUUCUUGAUUAUCUUCAUAACUACAAACUUUUAUAUGCUUUGUUGUGUUUUCUUCAUCACUACUCAGCUGCUUUGCUUUCCUUGCAGCUUUUUCCACUAAGAAAGAGUUUGUGGCCUCUCUUAUUCUUUAAUUUGUGUAAGUUGAAGGAAUAGCAAUGCAAAAAGAUCCCAGGCCAAAUUUACUUCAAAUUCUUCCUCUUUCCUAUGUGUCUUACCAAAUUUUUCUCUUUUUGUUUCAUUUUCUAGGAUUAAAAGAAAACCUUUAUGACUUGUUAUUUUGUUAGCCUUAUUAAUGUAACCUUUCCUUAACCUCAAGAAUUUGAGAAUUUUUGUAUUACAUGUGUGGAUAAAGUUGAAAGCCACUCUUUGAGAGUCAAGACUGUAUAGUGAAAUCAGUAUACAGUACUUUUUGGUGUGAAUGAUUUAUCUAAUUCAGAGUUCAGGUUUCAAACAAUACUAUUCCUUCUAAGAAGAUAGAACCCAUAUAUACAAAUGUGCCUGAUAAUUUAUAUGUAAGGGAGUAUUAUGCAAAACGAUAUCUUUUUGGUUGGAGCUAUUUUCUCCCAGUUAGAAAUAACUAGUAACAUUUAGCAUGAAGUUUACAAUAUUUGAUUUUUGCUCCAUGAAUGCAACUAAUUUUUGCAAUUAAAUAUGGAGUUUAUAAUACUAAAAAUGGGUUGUCAAUCUCAUGUGCCUAGCAGCUGACAAUGUGGGAAGCUGAUCAACUACAGCAAGAGUACUACAUGAAGGUAUUCCAGUUCAAGAGAUUAAAAACCAUUCUGCCUGUCAGAAUAUAUCCUGAAGAUUGCCUUUUUUGUAAGCCAUGGUCUGAGUUUUUUCGGGGUCUGAAAUUUAUAAAAUAAUGAAAUUUUAAAAUACUAAACACGUUGGUUUUAUUUUUAAGUAAUGUUACUUUAAAAUUAAAAGAUAAGCAUUAAUAAGAUCAGAUAUCAUGAAAUCUAGUUAUUAUAAAUUCCAUCUAUAUUUAAAGUAUUCUAAAAUAACUUAUUGGUAGCUAUUUUUUUUCCUAAAAGAUGAAUAGAGUUUUUUUGAUUAUAGGUUUAUUUUUUAUUUUUAUUAUUUUUUAUUUUUUAAAGGGCCAAUAUGGUUAUGAACAAGAUUUAUAUGGUUAGCUUCUGUUCUUUCAUAAAAGUUCAGAUAAAAAUCAUUUUAGCUGUUACCUAAAAUUGAAGUCUUUAAAAAUGGCAGAUGUUAAUUUAAAAGCAGAUAUACUAAUUCAGUUUGCUGUAUGAUGAUAAUCUAAUGGAAGUUUCAUAAGCUUUUUUUUGUCCUAACUUGAAAAGUAUGUUAGAGUUCUAGAAUAUGUGUUAAGCCAAGAAUUUUAUUCACUUAAAUAUGUUUACAUCCUAUUUAAGAGAAGCAAAAAAAAGUGUGUAUAACUAUAGUGAACAAUAUAGUCUUGUUCAUAUCUGUUUGCCAAAAGAAGAAUAAAGUGAAUUAAAAAAAAUAAUGUGUAUUCAUUAUAGAAAAUUACUACUUUUUUAUGAAGUAAAUAGAAUGAAAAUUUCUGUUAAUAAAAGUUACAGGUGACAAAAGAUUUAGAUUCAUUUAAUUUUGCCAUCAUUUUAUAGGGAAAAGGUCAAGAAAAGAGGAGACAUUGUCCUAUAGUAUAGAACUAAAGCAGGCCCCAUAGAUGACCUUGCAGCCAGGUUCCAAUGCUCAGUGUUACAGUAAAACUUGUGCUUCUUGUUUAUAUCCAAAGUCAUGUGCGUAGGAGAUAAUACCUUCUCAGUCAUGGGAGAAAUGUCCCUACCCACAAAUUCUAGGCUAAUGAACUAUUUCUGAGAUGAAAAUUUUAGUGUAAUAUAUUGCUGCCUAAUUAACAUUCAAUUUGAAAUCUUAACCAAGAGCAUCAAAUCGUUAUUAUGUUACAGUAUUUCACAUUAUGAGGGCAAUUUUCAUUUGUUUGUUUUUUUAUAUCCACAGUGACUCAUAAGUGGAUACAUUAAUAUCUCCCAUGCUUCAAUAAAUAUUAAUGAAAUGUCUAGACUGUUACAAUCGAAACAUUUACAGCAUGACAAAGCAGGCUUUGAUCACCAGUAAGCUAUCUGUAAUGAAUAACCUACCAUUGUUUUAUUCGUCAGACAUCCCAUCAUCAGGGAACACUUCUUUAGCAAUGUGUUUCUGUCCACAGAGCAUUAGACAGGAUUCUAGAAGCAGCCUUGCCUAAAAUUAUCCCUUUGAACUUAAGGUAAUCAAUUUUCCCUGACCUCAAUCCUUGUUAAUAAAAAUGAGCUUAUUAAAUAAGCAAAAGAUGUUUUUAAAUCUAUAUUUCAGAGUCUCUAGGGUUUAAUUCAGUAGUUCUCUAACAAAAGCCUAUGAACCUAUGCUAGAUUAUGACAUAGUUUCCAUCCAUGUUCCAUUUGCAAAAUGAGAAGUAUAAGGAUCGUAUAGUACAUUGUUCAUAAAACCAAAUGGAACAAUCAUGUUCUUUCUUUUUAUUGAUAGCUAUUUUUGCUUCUCUUCUGUUUGCAUUGAUCCUUCCUAGAAUUUCCAGAGCCUCAUUAUUCAUACUGAAAUAAACUUAAUAGAAAAUUUACAUUUAGUAUUGAGAAUUCAUUGAUAAUGUCAAAGUGGUACAUUUUUUCUCGGUGCUGUAUAAAUAUUACCUCAAGUGAUUUGUAUUGAAAUAUUUUUUCUGGUGUUAAAUAAAAGAAACUCAUCAGGCUAGGUUGAGCCAAAAAAGGGGGCAAGGAAGAAGGGAAGUAGGGGGGGCACAGUGCCUGACAUAGAUAUUGGUUGAAUGUUGUUGAACCAGGAACCAAGGCAACUUAAAGUCCUUAACAAGAAAUCCACAGAUGUUAUCCCUAGAGUGCUGCUAUUAAUAUGAGUUUGACUCCCAGCCUCUGUGUCACUCAGCUCCAAAUCCCACAAUUCCGGGGGUCAAAUCUUUUUGGUUUAACUUAGGUCACAUGUCUAUCAGGUUUUUCCAUAGCUUGCCCCUGUCUACUGGGAAGGAGGCCUCCCUGUAGGUCAAACAGUCUCUCCUGAAGUGUGUUUUACACUGAUAGUUAAUGACAUUCUCUUCCUGAUGGGUCUCAAUAUUACUCUUUUCUCUCCUUAACGUUCUAGUUAAUUCAGUAUUUAUUUAUCCACUCUAUUUCUUAGUGAUAGUCAUAUUUUAUCAGUAAGCAAAUCAUUCAUUUUCUUCCUCUCCAUGCAUAUCUCAGCUCUUUGGGUUUACAUCGAUUUUAAAUUCUACCACAAGCAAAUGUAUUUUAUGCUUUCACUGUUACUAGUAGCUAUUAGAAGUAUUAAUCAGUUCCAAAUUAGUUGGUGGUUCUCAA